AUUACUUUAUCUAGAAACGUCGUAUUAGUUUAGAACGACACGAUUUGCAGUUUUGUACAUGUACUAUUUCUGUAAUAAUAGCAUUCAAUGCAUUAUAAGUAAAUGUCAUGUCAUUUUGACAUUUUUAAUUUUUUCACAAACUCCAUAGUACUGCAUUUUUCUUUUCAUUUUCUUUUUUUUAAUUUAAAAAAAAAACAAGCGCCAAUCUAUUCCUAGAAUCGGAUUGAAGAAAAAUGACGACGCUUAACGUAAGACAGGUUAAUGUGAUUCCGAUACCUAAAAUAAAAAAAGAGAGGUUAAGCGAUCAAGAAGACGAAGACACAGUCUCAUGUAGAAUCUGCAACAAAGGUUUUGUAAUAGAAAAAGCUUUGUUAAAUCAUUCAAGGGUAGAACAUAUUGAUGAAUACAUGGCAGGCCAAGAUUUAUGUCUAAGGAAGCAUGUUAAGCAGAAAAGGAAAUAUACAGAGGACGAGAAGCGUUCGAUUGAAUUGAAGACAGAGGAAUUAAUAUCCUCAAUGGAGCCGACCGAUAUCAUGACCCUUGCAUCGAAUGACGUCAGUUAUAUAAUAAUUAAAGCCAAUGGACAGCCAGAAAUUAAGAAAUGGAAGAAAGAAAAAAUAAAGGAAGAGAAAGAAAAACCACAGAAGGUCGUGAAAACGGUUGUGAGGAAGGACAGGGAAGUUAAAGCUAUUAGCGGUCCGUUCGAAUGCCUGCAGCCGUCGCCGCACAGCAGCGAGGGUCAGUGCCAUCAGAUGUUCCUGUCGUGCUGCGCGUACUCGGCGCACCACCGCGACGAGCACACGCGCCGCCGCAAGGCGCUGCGCUGCCAGGUGUGCGAGAAGCCGCUCGCCCUCGCGCCGCAGGACGCGCACGCCUGCCAGAUAUGCGGAAUGGGCUUCGAAAAUUCCAAAGAUUUAUUCGAUCACAGUCAGACAGCGCAUAUCAAACUGAAACCCUUCCAAUGCACGAUAUGCCUGAAACGCUUCACCCAACAAGGGGGUGUGCAGCAACAUAUGCGGAUGCACACCGGCGACAGGCCAUUCCCGUGCACGUUUUGCCCGAAGGCCUUCACCCAAAAAUCCGGUCUCGACCAACAUUUACGCAUACACACAAAGGUUAAACCGUACAAAUGCAUCAUAUGCAGUAAGGCUUUCUCACAAUCCGUGCACCUCCAGCAGCAUAUGCGAACGCACACAAACGUAGCGCCAUUCCAAUGUGGGAUAUGCCAGAAACGCUUCAAACAAAGCAGCCAUUUGAACUAUCAUCUGAAAUACCACAAUCCAGCGAACAUGACCGAUGAACAGAAGGAGAGGUACGCGAAGUUAAUCCAGCUGAUGGGUCAAGGUGAAAUGAUCGAGGUGGAAAUUAAUACGAGUCAACCGGAAGUUAUGUUGGAGCAGGUGCAGAGCGAUGAAAUAGCAACAUGUGUGGUUGAUGAAAGCGGGAACUGGUGUGAGAACAAUGAUGAUCAAACAUUGUGAUCAAAAUGCUGAUUCGUGCAAAUUAAAUUAAUUUUAGACUCAAAUUGAAUACAACUCCAAUAAAUACUAUAGUAUAUUCCAAUAACAGGAGUAAAUGUAAACGAACCAUAGAUUUAUGUAUUCCAUGAGAUUUGCAUGCAUGCUAUGCUAUAUUAUGCACUAAAAACAGUUCUAGAUUAAUUUAUCUUUAUUUAUAAUACCAAUCAACAACUUGUAACCAUUUCUUACUUCCAAAGUUACGAAAACUUCGCCGAAGUUCAAAACUCAAAUAUCUCGACCGUAUCGUCAAUACAAGGCCGAAGUUGUUUAUUUUUCUCUUGACACUGGCUUAAGUUAUAAAUUCUCAUUUUGUAGCAUGAUCUCGUUAUUUUAGUAAAUAUAAAUAUGCCAACGAUACACUAAUAUUAAUUAUAAUUUUUUUUUUUAACUAAAAUAUACAUAAUAUUACAUAUGCUUUUGAAUGAUAUGAAACCUAGCUUUAUUUGUUAUAAAAUAAAACUUAAAUGGACAUAUUAACAAAAUGUCCGAUCAGUUACUGUAAUAUAAAUUAAUUUUAUAGAUGAAUUUGUUAGUAUUUUCCCGUGAUAGUAUAGCAAUAUUAUAGUUAA